AUGCCAACUAUUGCAGUGCAAACAGCCAAUGGCGAGAUUGAUUCCGAAGACCAUGUAGCCGAUCGUCUCAAUGCUCCACCACAACGAACACGACACAUCCAAGGUGGAAACAGUAUCGACGCAUGUCCCAUUUGCAGUGAACGACCUGGUUUUCCUCUCGUUCCACCUUUGAACUUUGCCAUGGUGGCUCCUGGUGUUUAUCGUUCCGGUCAUCCCAAUCGACAAAACUUUUCCUUUUUACGAAAGCUUGGGUUGAAAACCAUCAUGUACUUGGCUAUGGAGGAUUAUCCACCCGAGAUGAAGCAUUUCGUUGAACACGAAGGGAUCGAAGUUUUGCAUUACAGGAUGGAGGGCAACAAGGAACCAUUUGUGGAGAUCAACUCGGAUGAUAUCAAUCAUGCACUCACAAGGUUAUUGGAUGAUCGUAGCCAUCCAGUGCUGAUCCAUUGUCUGAAAGGGAAGCACCGUAUCGGAUGUCUUAUUGGUUGUUUACGCAAGAUCCAAAGAUGGUCAAUGACUUCUAUAUUUGAUGAAUACCGCAAAUUUGCAGAUACCAAAGUGCUUGCUGAUCAAGAGUUUAUUGAAACGUUUGAUCAUGAAAAAGUACAAUUUGAUCCCAAAUAUCAGCCCGAAUGGUUAUGA